UAAAAAAUAAGUCAAAAUAAUCUUGAACUCUUUUUAGACCAUUUAAAACAUAAAUUCUUAGUUAAACAUGAAUAACUCGUGAACUUUUCUGACGAAACCCUUUUAACUUCAUAACUAAACAUCCGUUAAUUAAAAAACAGCAUACAUUUAGUAUCACGAGAAAACUCUAAUAUAAACCCGAAAAUCUCUCCUAAUUCAUUUCCUACAAAUAUCCAAUUUCUCAUUUCAUCUCUUUCUCUAACUCAUCUCUCUCUAGCAAUCUUUGCUUGAAUUGUUAGAAGAUAUAAUGAGAUAGUGUAUGGUUUGUAAUGCCAAAAGAAGUAUUGUAGCUUCAUGGUUGAAGGCAAAAUUCACUAAGAGAUCAUACAAAGAAAUAGAAGCUACUAAAGAAAAAUCCAAAGAUUGCAAAAGGUUUAUCGCUUGUGGAGAUGAUGAAGGAGAUGAGUUAGAGAAAGAAAUGAAAUGAGAAAUUAGAAAUUUAAAAGAGAUAAAUUGGGGUUUUCGAGUUUAAAUUAGAGUUUUCUCGUAUUGUCAAAAUGACAACGUUUUGAUGCCUGUUAACUUUUAAUUAACGGAUGAUUAAUUACAAAUUUAAAAGGGCUUGGUCAAUGACUAAGAAUUCAUAAUUUAUUCGUAUUUGACCAAGGAUUCAUGUAUUAAGUGGCAUGUUUUAGAGUUCAAGGUUAUUUUUGAAACUUCAUGAUUAAAAACUUAAGUUCCCCUGAAAAAUAUCCACAAGUUACUUAGAAUUUUAGUUAUUCAAACCAAAAUAAUUUAGACAAAAAUGGAAGCUAUAAUAUUUUUACACUGAAAGUAUAUUUUAAAAAAUUAAUUAACUUGUUGUAAGAAUUUUAGUUUCUCUGAUUAUUUUUGAAAUAUUAGUUGUGUAUUAAAUUUGAUCUAAAAAUCAAUUAGAAUUCAUAGUCUUAACAAAUGAAACUCAAUCAUGUGGAGUCUAUAACUUAUGCUCAGAAGCACUAAGAAUAAAAAGUUCUUUUUUACAUUUGAGCUCUUGUAUUUUCAACCAAACACAUUUAAAUUUGUUAUAUGGUAAACAAUUUUUUUUUGUCAACUAUGGUAAACAAUUUCUUGUACAAAUAAACUAAAGUUAACCGCUAAAAAAAUUAUAUUAUUUUUGUAAAUAUAAUCAGUUUUUACAUACAUGAUUUAAUCGAUUUUCUAACUCAGUAAAAUUACACAUACUAAUAGAAACUUCAAAACCUAAGCAGAGCCGACUAAUUGAAGUCGGUAUAGGUAAAUUUCAACUCAUUAUUUUAAGGAUACAAACAAAAAGAAAGACCUUACAAGUCAACUCGUUUUCUCACUUAGUGCGUUCAAAAAAGAUUCCACAAUGAACAGAAACAUUGUCGAUAAGCUAAGUCUUUUAGCAGUAUCUCUCUCUUGUAUUGUAACUAUAAAACAAGACAUGAAGAAGAAGAGUGAGUGACACAAAACAAAAAGCCCUGAGAAAAAAAAUGCAGAAGCCAUGUCUUCUCUCCUGCUUCCUCUUCCUCUUCUUCUUCUUGGUUCCACAACUAUCUUUCUCUUGCCCACCAGACCAAAGACAAUCCCUUCUCGAGUUCAAGAACUUGCUUACUCAGACCAUCAAGAACCACUCCACAGCAGCAAUUACCUUGGAAGGUUUAAAAACCUGGAGACCAAACUCAGAUUGCUGCAAAUGGCAAGUUGUGAGAUGCAACACUCGUUCACUACAAGUGAUUGAGCUCAAUCUGAACUCUCUUGUUCUCUCUGGCUCAGUGAGCUCAAGCCUUCUGAGACCGAUUCUGCGUAUAAGCUCUCUUGCAACGCUAGAUGUCUCUUCUAAUUACAUACAAGGAGAGAUUCCUGGAGAUGGUUUUGUCAACUUGACCAGGUUAGUCUCUCUUGACAUGAGCCAUAACAGCUUUAACGGCUCUAUCCCUCCUCAGUUGUUCUUCUUGAAGACUCUUGAGCGCCUUGACUUGAGCACGAAUGCUAUUGGUGGUACGUUGAGUGGUGAAAUCAAAGAGCUCAAGAAUCUGCAUGAGCUUAUUUUAGCUGAGAAUAUCAUUGAAGGAGAGAUUCCUCCAGAGAUAGGGAGCCUUACUGAACUGAGGAAACUAUCAUUGAAGAACAACAAGUUCUCUGGUCCUAUACCUUUGUCCUUGUCAAAGUUAACUAAGCUUGAAGCCAUUGAUCUUCAGAACAACUCCAUCUCCUUUGAGAUUCCAGACGGUAUAGGGAGCUUGCUCAAUCUCUCAACUCUGUCCCUGAGCAGGAACAACUUGUCUGGUGGCAUUCCAUCGUCUGUUCAAAAGCUGACUAAUCUCAAAACUCUUGAGCUUGAGAAUAACCAUGGCUUGUCAGGGGAGAUACCCACAUGGCUGUUUAGUCUUGAGAAGCUGAAGAUACUGCAGCUCGGAGGAAACAAACUCCAGUGGAACAAGAAUGGCUCUGUCUUUGCACUCUCUAAGUUGACACAUCUGUCACUUAGAUCUUGUGGCUUAGAAGGGACUAUUCCUGAUUGGCUCAAGAACCAAACAUCUCUUCUGUUCCUGGACCUGAGCAUGAACAGACUUGAAGGAAGUUUCCCAAAGUGGUUGGCUGAUCUGAAAAUAGGAACCAUAAUCAUGUCAGACAACAGACUCUCAGGCUCACUGCCACCUAGUUUGUUUCAGACUUUCAACCUAUCAGUUCUUUCCCUAUCAAGAAACAACUUCUCUGGUCAGAUUCCUGAUACUAUAGGCGGUUUAAGCGCGGUAAUGGUACUGAUGCUGUCUGAAAACAACUUCUCAGGACCAGUACCAAAGACUAUUACAAAUGCCUACAGGCUGCUGCUACUGGACUUGUCUAAGAACAAGCUAUCAGGUGAGUUCCCAAGGUUCAGCCCCAGUUCAUUGCUCGCGGUUCUCGACAUAUCUUCAAACGAGUUCUCAGGUGAUGUUCCAGCUUCCUUUGGGCUUUUCACCAUAAUGCUCUCCAUGAGUCAGAACAACUUCACCGGAGAGUUCCCUCAGGACUUCAAAAAUCUCCCAUUCUUGAUCCAUCUUGACCUUCAUGACAACAGAAUCUCCGGCAGCAUUCCAUCAGGGCUAUCUCCAUCUCUAGAGGUGCUUAGCCUGAGAAACAACUCCAUCAAAGGCUCAAUACCAGAAGACAUAUCAAACCUCACAAGCCUCAAGGUCUUGGAUCUCUCAGACAACGAGCUUGAUGGGUCUCUUCCUUCAUCUCUUGGGAACCUCACAGGGAUGAUGGUAUCUCCCACAAGCAACUCUUCCGCUUUUAGUUUUAUGCUCAACUUCGGUAUUGAGAUACAUGACUUGGCAGUGAACUGGAAGAACUCAAAGCAAGGUCUUGCCAACAGAAACCUCUACCUCUACACACUCUUGGACCUCUCCAAGAACAAGCUACGAGGAGAGCUCCCAGCUUCCUUAGGCAAUCUCAGAAGCUUAAAGCUUUUGAACCUCUCUUACAACGACAUCUCUGGAUUGAUCCCACGGAGCUUUGGAGGUCUUGAGAAGAUAGAGGUCUUAGACCUUUCACACAACAACCUCUCUGGAGAGAUCCCCAAAACUUUAUCCAACCUCAGUGAGCUGAACACUUUGGGCUUGAGUAACAACAAGCUUACAGGUCCUAUUCCUGAGAGUUCUCAGCUAAACAGGUUAAAUGAUCCAAACAUUUACGCGAACAACAGCAAACUAUGUGGAAUGCAGAUCCAAGUACCAUGUUAUAAUGCAACACAGAGAGAACCACCAGAGGAAGAAGAGGAAGAGGAAGCAUUGGUUUCAUGGAAAGGUGCAGUCAUUGGUUGUCCAUGUGGGUUUCUUAUGGCGGUUGUGAUAAUGUAUGUGGUUGGCUAUUUCAGCAGACCACCACCUCCACGGAGAUCUCUCAAGAACAGAGAAGGGUUUAAGAAAAUGAAAGCUUCGUCUCCUUGAGACCAAAUGACUGCAGAGUCCUGAGCUAGACAGGUUAAAUGAUCCAACCAGCAGCAAGAAAUGAAUCUUUCUAAGCUUUAAGUUCUUGAGUUGCGUUCUCCUCAAGUUAAUGUAUCUUAUUAUGAAGUAAGCAGAUAUCUUAAUCACCAUCCUCAUGAUUGUGAUGGUUCAAUAAUAUUUGAAAAAUGGUUCAGGCUUGUAGUAAA